CGGAAGUCGGCCACACAGCGCGUGGAGUCGACCCUCAUUGAACAUCCUGCAUCGGAAGUGAGCGGUGUGCGCCGGAAGCGGCUACAGAGGCGGCCUCGUGGAGAAGCUGGCAACAUGGGGCAGUCGGGACGGUCCCGGCACCAGAAGCGCGCUCGCGCCCAGGCGCAGCUCCGCAACCUCGAAGCCUACGCCUCACAGCCGCACUCGUUCGUGUUCACGCGGGGCCGAGCAGGUCGCAGUGUCCAGCAGCUCAGCCUGGAUGUGCGGCGGGUCAUGGAGCCCCUCACCGCCACCCGCCUGCAGAUUCGAAAGAAGAACACACUGAAGGACUGUGUGGCGGUGGCUGGCCCCCUCGGGGUCACACACUUCCUUAUCUUGAGCAAAACAGACAACAGUGUAUACUUGAAGCUGAUGCGCCUCCCAGGAGGUCCCACUUUGACCUUCCAGAUCAAUAAGUACACGCUGGUCCGGGAUGUGGUCUCUUCCCUGCGCCGGCACCGGAUGCAUGAGCAGCAGUUUAACCACCCGCCCCUCCUGGUGCUCAACAGCUUCGGCUCCCAGGGCAUGCACAUCAAGCUCAUGACUACCAUGUUCCAGAACCUGUUCCCAUCCAUCAACGUGCACACGGUGAACCUGAACACUAUUAAGCGAUGCCUCCUCAUUAACUACAACCCCGAAUCCCAAGAGCUGGACUUCCGACACUACAGCAUCAAAGUGGUUCCUGUGGGUGCCAGCCGGGGCAUGAAGAAGCUUCUGCAGGAGAAGUUUCCUAACAUGAGCCGGCUGCAGGACAUCAGUGAGCUGCUGGCCACGAGUAUGGGGCUGUCAGAUAGUGAGGUGGAGCCAGACGGAGAACACAAUAUCACAGAACUACCCCAGGCUGUGGCCGGACGGGGCAACAUGCAGGCCCAGCAGAGUGCCAUCCGGCUUACAGAGAUUGGGCCCCGGAUGACACUGCAGCUCAUUAAGAUCCAGGAGGGUGUUGGGAACGGCAGUGUCCUCUUCCACAGUUUUGUGCACAAGACCGAAGAGGAGCUGCAGGCCAUCCUGGCAGCAAAGGAGGAGAAGCUACGGCUCAAGGCACAGCGUCAGACCCAGCAGGCGGAGAACUUGCAACGCAAGCAGGAACUGCGUGAGGCCCACAAGAAGAAGAGCCUGGCAGGUAUGAAGCGAGCCCGUGCAAAGGCUGACGGGGACAGUGAUGCUGAGGACCCGGGGGCACCUCCAGAGGCAGUGGGGACCAGCCAGCUUGAGGAUGAUGAAGAUGAUGCUGAGUAUUUUCGCCAGGCUGUGGGCGAGGAGCCUGAUGAAGACAUGUUCCCCAGAGUGCCCAAGCGGAGAAAACAAGAAGGGCCUCCAGGCAAGAAGCAGCGCAAGAAGCAGGGCGAGAGCAAGCAAAGGCAUGGUUCAGGCAGGGGCCAAGGUAGCAGCUGGCGGCCUCCAAAGCUUCAGGGCAAAUCCCAAAGAGUCAAGACCAAGCUGGGACCCAGAGCCACACGCCGGGACAAGGGUCCAACAUCAAGGAGAGGAACCUGAGCCUGCCUGGCAGUGGAUGGACCGUGGAUGCCCCAGAUUGGGGCCCGGGAGCUGCCCUGACCUCCAGCGCAGCCCGGUUUCCUUUCAUAAAGGAACUGCCCAGUUCUUCCCUACAAUAAACCUGAACGUGGUGCUUUUUUGAGUCUUCUCUCUGGUUG